AUGUACAUUACUAGUUCAUUGAACAUAAGCUAUGGAAAAGAAGUACUUACUUACACCUGUUACUCUCAAUGGAGCAUAGGCCGCCGACCAAUAUUCUCCAACCCACUCUGUCCUGGAUCUUCCUUUCUAGUUCUAUCCAAUUCUUGCGCAUUCCUCUCAUGUCUGUCUCUAUCUCUCGGUGUAAUGUAUUCUUUGGUCUUCCACUUCUCUUUUGGCCUUGAGGAUUCC